AUGAGUUCGGCGCGCGAAGGCGACCCAACCGAGGAGGAAAGCCUGCAAGUGCAGGGUCUCCAAGAUGACAGGCUGGAAGGUGACAGGAUGCAAGAAGGCGGAGUGCACGAGGACCAUAUACCAGAGGAGAACAUCAAAGAAGAGGGAGCUCAGAAAGGGCGAGCCGAAGACGACCGACUGCAAGAUGAGCAUCUGCCGGAUGAGGAUCUUUCAGGCGAACAGAUUCAAGACGCGCGAAUGCAGAAUGAGCGGAUCCAAAACUACCCCUCUCCCCAGAUGCCAGAAGAGCGAAUGCAAGAUGGCGACCGAAUGCAAAGCUAUCCAUCUCCCUCAGCCGAGGCACAGGAUACUGGCCCGUAUUAUCACGCCGGACCACGGGACGACACUCACCAAGACCAGCCUCAGCCGCCGGCUACACCGCAGCCACAACCUUCCCACCCCGCAAGUGUAGAAGAGUUGCAACUGGCUGCCCAGCUUGGCCAGGACCUGGCGGCAGAGCCCAUGAUGCACGUCACGGAUCCCAGCAUGAACGUCGAGGAUCCCAGCCUGCGUAGCAUCAUGCCUCACGCUCACGCCCAUUCGCAUCCGGAGCAACCUCAGCCCCAAACUCAAACUCAACCUCAACCUCAACCACAGCACCAGGUUCCCCCUCCUCCUCCCCCCCCUCCUCCUCCUCCGCCGCCGCCGCCGCCGCCGCCGUCUCGUCCCUACGUGCCUGAAGAGGCCCUUUCUGAGCCUCUCCAACAGCACAUGCCUGUGCCUGUGGCAAUGGAUCACCAUCAUCUUGCUCAGUCAUACGCCCUCGGUGACAGUACGCCUCCGCGAAAGCGUUCCAAAGUUUCUCGCGCUUGCGACGAAUGUCGGAGAAAAAAGGUCAAAUGUGACGCUCAGUCCGAUUCUGGGGAUAACCCGUGCUCCAAUUGCAAGCGCUCCGGCAUUCGUUGCAUGUUCAGCCGUGUUCCUCAGAAACGCGGCCCAAGCAAGGGGUAUAUCAAAGAACUUGCCGAUAGGAUCAACAGCAUCGAGGGCAAGUUGGAGAUUCAGAGUGAGUCUUUGCCACCCGAUCCGAUGGUACACUGGACAUCUGCGGCAGCAUCACUUAACUCGACCUCAGGUCCUGGCGAGGACGCCAGUCGUAAGCGGCCGUUCUCCAGCAUUUCGAGUGCCGAUCUAUCUACCCCAGCGCCACAGAGACAGACUACGUGGGGAACCGAACACCGUCCUCUUCAGCCCAUGACGACGCCAUCGGAUCGUUUCCAGUCGUCUCCCUUCACCACCAAUGGUUUGGCUCCUCAGCCUAUGCCUAUCAAGAACGACAUGCAACCUCGCCCUUCUGUUGCUCCCAUGGAUGGUCCAGUCACAGACAUGCCUGAUAUCGACCAGGCUCGAGAUGUAGACGAUGAGGUAUUCAAUGGGUACCUCACGAUAAUUCAACCCUACCUCCCGUUCUUGCCGAGCAGCAAAGCACUGAUCCAGGAUUACUUGGCACAGUGCCCUGGUCUUCUUCGCGAAGCCUUUGUUGAGGCUCUCUCGGGAACCAUUCAUUCUUUCCCUUCUUUUCAGUCGGGUGGCCUUGGAGAUGUCCGUCUCGCCCAUACCCUACUUGUAGAAUGGGAGGCCAGUGAUUCCACCUCGCGAACUCCUGUGGCGAAUCUGGUCUUCCUUCAAACCCUUCUUCUCAUGAUAAUUGAGGCAGACAACCGGCCCUUGGGUUCCAUUGGCGCACCUAAAGAAUCACUGCUUGGCCGAGCUGUGGCAAGCGCCAAUGCCUUGAAGUUGUACCAGGCCAAGGCGGAUUUGUCCGAGGCUGAGGCCGGAUCAGAUACCGAGUGUCAGCUUCGCGUCAGAAUCUGGUGGUCACUGGUUUUGCUUGACAGAUGGAACGCAGUGGGUGCUGCUGUGCCCUCAUUGAUUCGAGAUGAGAGUGUCAUUGUGUCACCCAGCCUCAAAGUGAUUGUUGGAGAGGUCCAGUACCUCCUAAUUCGCGCCUCAAAGUUUCUGAGCCGUGCAUCGGUUAUGAUAACCAACUUCCAAGAACCGCUGAACUCGACCUUUGCCGAUCGGAUGGUUGGCUCUUUCAUGGAUGCCUGGGUAGAAGACUUCCGUGAGGACCUACCUGCUCACAUUGAGGCUGGCUCAUACCCCGUCGUCCAUCUGGUAUACUGGCACUGUCGGUUAUUGGCUUACUUGCUGAACCCCUCUGCCCAGUCGACGGACGCUUUAUGGCCCAGCCAGGAGUUGGUCAACCUGCUUGUCAGCCAUUCACAGCUCAUAACGCCAAUGCACCAUCAUUUUACUGUUCUCGCCAUCUUGACACUGGUUGAGCUGACAAAGGUGGACAAGACAAAGGAGGAUGCCACAAGGCUUUUGGGUGAAUUCAGCGACUCGUCGCUGCCGGCUUCUGUAUUUGAUGGCCUAGUUCGGGACAAAAUCGCAGAUCACUUGCGUCCGCCCACCAGUGCUACUGCGGCUUUGGCCUCGUCGGCGAUGGAGGUCGCAGCAAGCCAGGGGCUUCAACAUCUGGCUGAUUUGGCCACUCUUUCGUCAGCGGCUGUGGGAAAGCAGGAUGAUGCACCCGCUUACCGUACUGCCCUCAACUACCAAGACAUGGGCUUCGAUCCUCGGCCACUGCUGCUUGUCGGUUACCUCAACGUUGUCCGCGCAACUCAGCAAGCAGCUUAG